ACAUCUGUCAAGAAUAGAAGGUCACACGCGUGCUUUUGAACACAGUGGCUGCUAUGUGAAAGCUGAGGGAGAAGUGUCUAGGAGAAUUUAUUUGCAAAGGUGACGUUACACAGUUAGCCAGUACAAAAAAAAGAAGCAUGCCUAGUAUAACGCUAUUUUGUAAAAACAUGUGGCACUUUUUUGGCUAACGUGCUGAGGACACAAACUGGUCGCCUGACAGAAACAGUUAGCUAGCCUUACGGUUAGCUUUUCUCAAGAGACAAAAACAUCACCUUACGAACAGCAACUAUGUUGAAAGGAUUUUUAAGACUUCAGAGUCCGUUAAGAAGUACCCUUUCACUCAGAAAAGUGUCCCCAAGAAAUCAGCACCUUGGAAUUGCUCUGAGAUACUCCACAGCGACAGCAGGUGAGAUGGAUGUAUUCACUGUGCACAAUUACCCCAACAAUGUAUUUGUGUCGCAUAUCCAUGUUGACGAAAAGAUGGUGUGUCUUCUGCUGUUUCCAGAAAGAAAAAGAUUUUAUCAAGAUGUCAGCAUAUCUCAAGGAGAAGGUCAGUGCCACAAAUAUACAGUAUGUCUAUGCAAUGAAGUCGGUUUUUCCAUGUGUGUUCUUUCUUUUGCUUUGUAAACAUCCCAGUUCUCCAAUUUCUAUGCAGGUGGUGUAUUUGAAAUAAACCUAGACAGAAGGAAACUAAAAACUCCUGGAGGGAAGCUGUUCACAGCCCCAAAUGAAGCUUUAGCCAUCGCUGUGGCAACUGAGUGGGAUGCUCAAAGGGACACACUUAAGUUCUACACGAUGCAUCUGGUAGGGUGGAAAAUGGGAAUUGGAGGAUGUUUGAAGCUUUCCUAUCUUUGGCUGUGUCCGAAAUGAAUCACUCAAUCCCUAACCCCUAACCCCCAUAUGGGGUUUCACUAUAUAGUUGACUAUGGAGUGAGCUCAAUCACCGGAGGUUUCGGACACUACAUGGCAAGGCAUUUUGCAAUGCUUUAUGGGAAAUUUUGAGUCGCCUAUAAGGGGCACUGGAAUUGAUCACUCAGGUUUCGGACACCCCUCAAAAUGGCGCUAACUCCCAUACAGUCACCUAUAUAGGGGUUAGGGAUCCAUUUCGGACACAGCCAUUAUCUGCAAUACAGAUCUGAAUUCAAGGUUAAAAUUAAUAGUAUGCCAAAUAAAUCUGUCCAGGUUAUUCAUUUUAACCACACUCAUCUUUCAGACAACGCUGUGCAACACAGCUCUGGACAAUCCCACUGAACGUAACAAAGACCAAAUGAUUAAUGCAUCCCUGAAGUUCCUGGAAACCGACACUGUCUGGUAAACUACAUUUUCACACAAAACAGUGCUUUACUGCUACUUUAAGCAACAUAAUUAAGUUAAUAUAGUAUCCCUGGCACAACAGUGUAUCUAUUUUUCGCAAAAAAAAAAAAAAAGUCCACAUACACUAUUCAUGUCCAUAUUUUGAUGAAAAUGACUGUUUUCCAUAAUUUUAGACUGGCUUUAUUUGGUGUAUCUUGAUGACUUAGCAUGAUGAUUAUGUCCAGCAUUAUCCCUGCAGAUAGAUAUGAUUAUGUUUACUUAAUUGUCAUUUACAUGUAGACCUGGUUUUACAAAUGUCAUGUUUUGUGUAGUUAUAGAGUAGAGGAGCCUCCUGCUUUGGUUGAGCUACAGAAGAAUGAGUGGGACCCUGUUCUGCACUGGAUUGAGAACAGGUUUGCAGCGCAAUUAUGUUUUGGCAAAACCAAGGCAGACAUUUAAGACCCUACAGCAGCAGUAGAGCUUGUGUUAGUCAAUUCAUUGUAUUUAUAUUUGUUACUUUUUAUUAAUUACCUUCAUUUUCGACCUUGCACUUCCAGAUAUAAUGUUAACAUUGGCUCUUCAUCCAGUAUUUUGGGUCCUGACAUCCCAGAGGCAACCAAAGACACAUUCCGGCAACACCUGAAUUCUUACAACUUUUGGUCCUUGACAGGUAGAUACUCCCUAAACUAAUCCAAAAUAAGCACCUAUAAUAGUUGAAAGAUUUCAAUGAAGAGGUGGUAUACAAAAAUAUCAUGCACUCAAAUUAAUGUAUAAUAGUACUGUUGUGGUAAACAGUAAUGUAGCCUGUAAGCUAUAAAGUGGUGUGGCAGUGUGUAACGCUGUUUGGUUUUCAUGUGCUGUGCAGGGCUUGAGUAUGUGAUCACCCAGCUGAAGUCUGUUGUGCUGACGAUGGGGAUUAUUGACAGACAUCUGAGUGUGGAACAGGCCGUGCUGCUCUCCAGACUGGAGGAGGAGUACCAGGUAUGGACACUCAAAAUGGGGUUCCCGUCAGCUUAUCUUUUAAUUUUUUUUUUAGCUGUCAUCAGUAUUCAACAUAUCUGUGUCUUUUCAGAAUGCUGUUUACUCUGUUCUUGGUGAAAAUGCAUGAUGGUGUUCAUCUUGUGACAGUUUGUGGUAGUGCUAGUGUUAUCUUUUAAGUGGAUGUCAAUCAGGAGAGACUUCAUUAUAAGCAGGCAAUUUUGUUCAAUUAGUUUUGGACAAAAGUGAUUGUGUACUGUUUCAAAAACAGUAUUAUAUUACACAUUAAGAAAAUCAGAUGAAUGUGUGAUAUCUUUGGAAAUCAACUGCCACUGAGUUGUCUGCGUCUACUCAAAGGCGUAGUUAGGUCAAUAACAGGGUAUGAUACCUUGCUAUGGAGUCUGCAUGCUAUGCUGUGCUGGUGUAGCAAGGAUACAGGGUGAGCUGAGGAGCUGGUGGUGGAUUCUGGGGAGAUAGGUUGGAAGUGACUGGGGUUGGAGAGGGUUUCUGAGAAUGAAUUACAACAGCAACUAAAAGGAACAAAGAAGAACAGAUUUAAAUUAUUGGUAGCAGCAGGAUGAUUGGUCAAUAGAGGUUUAAUAAUAAUAAUGAUUAUAAAUAAUAAUCAUAAAACAUUUUAUUUAUAGGUGCCUUUCAGGACACUCAAGGUCGCUUUACAAAACAAUUAAAAAGACAAUGAAAAUACACAUCAGCACAUCAAAAAAACAUUUAAAUCUGGACUCUACAGCAGAGCAACAGCAAUCAAUGUGAGUAGGCCUUUGUAAAAUAGUGUGUCAUGAGACAGGAUUUGAAAAUGGACAAUGAGUCAAUGUUCCUAAUGUCAUGGGGGAAGGAGUUCUAAAGGCGGGGGGCAGAGUGGCUGAAGGCUCUGAAUUCCAUUAUGGACAGGCAGGCUGGAGGCACAAUGAGACUGAUGGAGGAGGCAGACCUGAGAGUCAGGGUGGGAGUGUUGAUGUGGAGGAGUUCAGAGAGGUAUGGAAGAGCGAGGCUGUGGAUGGCCUUAAAUGUGUGAAACAGAAUUUUGUAAUCCAUGCAGAAGUUUUGAAAGCCCGUGGAGUUGGUGGAGAACAGGUGUGAUGUGACUGAUGGAUGGUAUUCUGGUGAUGAUACUGGCAGUAGUUUUCUGGACCAGCUGAAGCUCAUAAAGAGAUUUAUGGGGGAGACCAAUAAGAGGGGAGAUGCAGUAAUACAAGUGGGAUGUAACUAGAGUAUGGAGCAGGAUGGUUCAGGCUAUCCCUUAUAAGCUUAGAGCUUGAAACAUUGGUUGCCCAUAAUUCGCUGUUCCCCAAAAGGGAAGAGGAAGGGGUUGUUGAGAAUGAACAAUAUCAUAAUGAAUGAAUGACUGAAUUUGAAGAAUACAGUCUCCUGCUUGGACUUACCUUCAGCUUCAUAACCAUGAGAUCUAGGUACACCUGUCAUUCCUUGGAUUAAAAAUAAUCUUUACUUAGAUAAAAAAAACAUGUAUGUAGUUUCUUUUACUUUGGGAAAACAGCACCCUCUUCUGUUUGUAAUCAUAUGUCUCAUGUAACAUUGCAAACAAUAUACAAUUAACAGAAAAGGCUGAAUUUACUCUUCGGAGUGCUGGUUUGGUUUCUGCAAAUAUGAAUUCUGCUUUUUUUGCUAAGAGCAAUUAUUUUUUUAUUUUUAUUUUGCAGCUACAUAGGGUUUCAUUGAGUUGAACUAACAUAGAAACACAAAAGCAGACAUGCUGAUCCUCCUGCAGACUAUUCCUUAAUACUAACUUUUGCUUACUUCCGCACAGAUUCGGCGCUGGGGAAAUGUGGAGUGGGCGCACGACUACGACAUGUAUGAGCUGAGGGCACGAACUGCUGCUGGGGCUCUUUUUGUUCACCUCACAUCUGAGAGUUCAACUGUCAAACGCAAACUCCUACAGGACUGAGAAGGACAAAGCCACACAUCACUGAUCAUGGAGGAAAUCUGCCUUCCCAACAAAGAAACACCCUGUGAAUCUCAGUCCAUCCUGUUGGCAAACACAGCCAACCCUGUUUGAUCCAUCUGACAUAAACAGCUGCUGUGUCUGUGAUCUGUUGCACAGUAGAGUUAUCCCACUCCAUAAGGACGCAUUGCCUGUUUUUUGCAGUGUUUAUAUGAGGGAGCUGCCAAUGGUGACACCCCUCAUCGAGUUUCCAGUCGGUUCUCAGUCAGCCAUGACAUUUUGGACUCUGCACAUGGUUUCAAGAGAACAGUGACUAAUGUUGUCUGUUUGGUGAUGGAAUGUUUAUUCCAUGCCAGUUCUCUCUGUGUAUAUUUGUAUACUGAAUAGUGCAUAUGCUAUAUUAACAGCACACUAUCCAUACUAACAGUGCUGUGUAAUGUUUUGGUUAUGAUGCACAAAUACGCAGUUCAUAUACAAAUGAUUUAUUUUGUCAACAUUAUUUAUGUUGUAAGCAUUUUUGCUUUUUCAUCAUGGUGAGUCGGGGGAGGAUUGAGCUCAGCGCUUAGAAGAAUAAUCAUUGAUACAACAUCCAUUGCAUGUUCAUGUUUCUCCAGAGCUGGCUUAAAAACUUUGUAGUGGUCUGCAUCCUCAUUUUGUGGUAAUUUACAGGUUCAAAGCAAAAGGUUUUGUUUCCUUGCAGUUCAAAUAAAUCAAUGUGAUUAAAACAAUAAAUUCUCUG